CUUCCUGUCUCCUCCCUCCCUUUCCUCUGUCUCUGCCUCCCUUCUCUAUAAAUUGACGUUACUUCCCUCACACCAAUCUCCCUCAUCGCCGAAGCACCAUCGAACGCAGCAAACCAGCCAUAGAAGUAAACACGACAGACGCCACACAUUCUCUCACUCUCUCUCUCUGUUCUCUGUGUGUCUCUGUCUCUCUCCCUCGAAAAAGCUCUCGCGAGGUUUUCUUGAGUUGCGGCGCAACAAGGCCUUAGUCAUCGACCACGAGCAUUGUAAAUCUGUGUAUAGUUAUACAAGCAAAAGUGUGUAGCCGUGCACAUAAAGGACAUCUUAGUGAAAAUAUAUGAUGACCAUUCUCGCACAAGUCGUCCCCACAGCUAAGACUGAGGAGAAUGGUGUGGGUAAUCAUCCUCUAAGUUGCGUGAGAUUCAAGCAACCUGAUCCGAUAGCUACUGACCACAAAGCGGCUUAUAACUCCUGGGUGGUAAGCUUUCUUUAUACUAUAAGCAGCCGUUUUCCUCUGCACUAUGACUGUACAACUAAGUCCGCUUCCUUUUUUCCCUCCAAAUGCCCAAAAAAACAGAAGGAACACCCAUCAGCAUUGCGCAUGUUUGAGCGGAUGAUGAAAGUGGCUAAGGGCAAGAGGAUCGUCGUAUUUUUAGAUUAUGACGGCACCCUCUCUCCCAUUGUAAAUAACCCUGACCUUGCAUUUAUGUCCGAUGAGAUGCGCAGUGCUGUACGUGCAGUUUCAAAAUAUUUCCCAACAGCUAUUAUUAGUGGAAGGAGUAGAGACAAGGUAAAAGAGUUUGUAAAGUUGGAUGAUGUUUACUAUGCCGGAAGCCAUGGAAUGGACAUAAUGGCUCCACCAAAGCCGCCAACAUCUGAUGGAAAGCAACAUCUUCCGGUCAAUCGAAAGGGAAAUGAAGGUUCGUUCCAACCGGCAAAGAAGUUCCUGCCCGCAAUUCAAGAGAUAUUCACCACAUUAGAGGAAAACACCAGGAAAAUAAAGGGUGCCCGAGUAGAGGAUAACAAAUUUUGUGUCUCUGUGCACUUUCGGCAAGUCAGAGAAGAGGAUCACGAAGUAUUGAAGGAGAAGGUGAAAUCUGUAUUAGAGAGCUACCCUGAUUUCCGUUUAACUUGGGGAAGAAAGGUCAUGGAAAUUCGACCGUGCAUAGAGUGGAACAAGGGACAUGCUGUGGAAUAUUUACUUGAGAAUUUAGGACUCAGCAACUCUAGGGAAGUCUUUCCAUUAUACAUAGGGGACGACCGAACUGAUGAAGACGCUUUCGAGGUAAUAAAGAGUAGGGGACAAGGUUGUCCCAUUGUUGUAUCUUCGGUACCUAAGGAUACGAAGGCUCAUUACUCUCUACAGGACCCGGAAGAAGUACAUUUGUUUUUGUCGCACCUUGCUAGAUGGGGGAAGACUUCCUCUUCUUUCAGUAGGUCUUCUGCUCAAACAGAAGACCUACUGAUGAAGACUAAACUUUUUGUCGAUGUAAAUGACAGAAGGUGCAGACAGAUGGGGACAGUCUUAAGUUUUAGAGGACUUCACCGUUCAUUUGUUCUUUCAUAUUUUGGCUCAAGAAUAUUUAGUUCAGCAUAUUCCUGUGGCUCUAUGAGUUGUUAGUCGUGUAAAAAGUUGAAAAAGAGAGACAUGAGUACCCUGUGCUCCUAUGGCUUCAACUUUUCUCAUGUUGAAGGUUACCUGAAUUUCGGUUUUUAGAUCUUCAUUUGCUUGUUGUAUAGGGAAUUGGAGUUACACCUAUAUUACGAAGGAAACUUCCGAUUUCCGGGA